CCCGGCAGCCCGCCCGGAGGCGCCACAGCCGAGGGAACCCUGCCCCACCGAGGACGCUUCUCUCGCCCAGCGAAGCAGGUAACUCCAUGUAUUGGAGACCAUGGAUCAAUAUGACGUGAUUGAAGCCAUUGGGGAAGGUGCCUUUGGGAAAGCAUACUUGGCCAAAAGGAAACCGGAUAGUGAGCACUGUGUUAUAAAAGAGAUCAAUUUUGAAAAGAUGCCCCUCCAAGAAAAAGAAGCUUCCAAGAAAGAAGUCAUUCUUCUGGCAAAGAUGAAACAUCCCAACAUUGUAACCUUCUUCAGUUCAUUUCAAGAGAACAACAGACUGUUUAUUGUGAUGGAGUAUUGUGAUGGUGGGGAUCUCAUGAAAAGGAUCAGAAGACAACGGGGAGUGUUAUUUAGUGAAGAUCAGAUUCUGAGUUGGUUUGUACAGAUUUCUCUAGGACUGAAACAUAUUCACGACAGGAAGGUUUUACACAGGGACAUAAAAACACAGAACAUUUUUCUUAGCAAGAAUGGAAUGGUUGCAAAGCUUGGGGACUUUGGUAUUGCAAGGGUCUUGAACAAUACCAUGGAACUUGCUAGAACUUGCGUUGGAACACCUUACUACCUGUCCCCAGAGAUCUGUCAGAAUAAACCCUACAACAAUAAAACGGAUAUUUGGUCUCUUGGCUGUGUCUUAUAUGAGCUCUGCACACUCAGACAUCCUUUUGAGGCUAACAACUUACAGCAGCUGGUUCUGAAGAUUUGUCAAGCUCAUGUUCCUCCGAUAUCACCACGGUUUUCCCGUGACCUACAGUUCUUAAUAUCCCAGCUCUUUGAAGUAUCUCCCCGAGAUCGGCCAUCCAUCAAUUCCAUUUUGAAAAGGCCCUUUUUAGAGAAUCUUAUUGCCAAAUACUUGACUCCCGAGGUCAUUUACGAAGAAUUCAGUCACCCACUCUUACAUAAAGCAAGACCAUCUGCUUCUCAACCUGCUGGGAAGGUAGCCCCUGUUUCUAUAAUACAGAAAGUGAGAUUCCAGGAAAAGUGCCUACCAAGAUCAAGAAUAGCAGUGCCAAAUAAGAGGAAGGAUGUAUUAUAUAGAAAUGAAUGCAGACCACCAGCUGAAGCCCAGACACCCACAUCUGUAAACAUGGUAGAAAGGCCCAAACUUGCUGCUGCGUGUGGCCAUUAUGAUCAUUUUUAUGCUCAACUUGACUUGUUGAGAAAGAGAGCGCACAGACCAAACUGCCGCCAUGUUCCUCAGAAAGAUGGCAGAGUUGAGGAGAGUUAUGAUGAGGAAGAAAGCCACAGCCCGCCUCCAGGUCAAUGGCUUGCUGAAUACCUUCAGAGGAAAUGUGAGGCUCAACAAUAUAAGCUGAAAGUGGAAAAGCAAUUGGGUCUUCGUCCAUCUUCUGCUGAGCCAAAUCACAACCAGAGACAAAAGCUGAGAAGUGAUGGGGAAGGACCUAGAUUCUGGGGGCUGCAGUUCAGGAGAAAUGAAAUGAAGGAACAGGAAUAUUGGAAGCAGUUAGAGGAAAUACGCCAACAGUAUCAUCAUGACAUGAAGGAAAUUAGAAAGAAGAUGGGGUGUGAACUGGAGGAGGACUCAAAAGUGAGCUGGAAAACCUACUUGGUGAGGAAGAGUGACCUGCCCACCCCCCAUGAAGCGCCUGAGGGAGAAGCACCUGUGCAGUUUCAGGAUAGUGAAAGAGACUUAAAACAAAUUAAACCUCAGAACAUAAAGGGAAGUAAAAGUUCGGAACAAAAACAUAAAGCUCAGAGAGGGAUAAAAUUUGAAAUUAAUUUAGAUGAAUGCAUUUCUGAUGAAAACACCCUCCAAGAGGAAGAGGCAGUGGAUAUGCUGAUUAAAACUUUGACUUCUGAGGAUGGCAUGAAGUUCUUGGAACUUAAAUGUAUGAAGGCGCAGGAAGAUUAUACAGACAAAGCAUUUGAAAACCUCUGUUGCCCAGAAGCAGACGGCCGAGUGAUUGAGAUUGAAGGCGGUCCAGAAAACAGGAGACGGUGGCGGCGAGAAGCCCCGGGAACUUUACUGAGUGUUUUGGAAGCAGCACAGCUAACCAGCAGCUCGCUUUCUGCCAACGAUGCAGAAUGUGGGGGACCACUGAAAGAAGAUGAGGGGAAGGUGGAAGUGGCCUCUGGCAUUGAAGUAGAUGCAGAACAACCAGAGCCAAGGUCUGAUGACGAUGAUACAAAUUUUGAAGAAUCUGAAGAUGAAUUGAGAAAUGAAGUAGUAGAAUCUCUGGGAAAACUGGCUACUUUCAAUGAGGCAGAAAAAAGAGAAGAGGUUUCUAGUUCUUCUCAAGAUGCUGGAAACUUAGAAAAAACAGAGGGGAUAGGCAUGCAGAAAUAUUCAGAAUUAAAUGAAGGUUUGGAGACUAUUUUUAUUCCAUCUGAUGACAAAAUUUGUAUUGGUGAUGAAGAUCAAGGAAUAUCAACCACCAGUCAAAAUAUUCAACUGUGACUGUUGAACUUUUUUUUAAAUGAUGUUUGUAUGUGUUAUAGUGUCUCUUUGGGAACAAGUCAUAAAUAUUCAUUUAUUGUAAGGGUUUUCCAGUAAUCCCAAGGUUUUAUUAGUUUUUCUCUCAAUUUAGACAGUGGGACUAACUUUUGAAUGUAGAAAUUCCUAUUUUUCCUUUAACAUUCCUAUUAAGAAAUCUUUCGGAUUAUGUAUGUGGUCGGCAUAGUAAUGUGACUCCCCUCCAACUCCAAGCACACCCAAAGAUGUGAAUAUAUUUUUACCUGGCAAAGGGGAAUUAACAUUGUAGGUGGAAUUAAGAUUCCUAACCAGCUGACCUUAAAUAGGGAGGUUAUCUUGGAUUAUUCAGGUGGGCUAAGUGUCAGCACAAGAGUCUCUGAAAGUGGAAGAGAAAGCGAACCAGAGAGGUGGCAGCUGAGGGGGUUCAGCUUGAUACUGCUGGCUUCGAAGAUGGAGGAAGGGGCCGCAAACCAAGGAAUGCAGGCAGCCUCUCUCUAGACGCUGGAAAAGCUUUCACCCCAAAAGCCUGCCAAAGGAAUGCAGCCCUGCCAACACCUUGAUUUUAGCCUCAUGAAAUCCACUUUAGACUUCUGACGGAACUGUAAGAUAAUACAUUUUUGUUGUUUUUAACUAAGUUUGUGGUCACAUUUGUUGUUAGUGAUAGAAAACUAAUAUAUAGACUCAUUCAUUUAAAAUAAUAAUCUGUUAUUUUAUAAAACCAUGAUUUUUGACAUUUCUUAGGGUAUGCUGAAUAUGCUUUUUUGAAGCUGAUAUUGACCCUGAUGGAAGUAAGGUAACUGAGCAAAGAGAGAAUCGUGUACCAAUCAUUUUAGUGGCUCACUGAAUUAUUUUCUAAUAGUUUCAAAUGUAUAAACUUCUGGAAGGCAGGGACUAUAUCUGGCCUUUAUUUCUCAUGAUGGUCUUUUUUAUAUAUAGUGGUUAGCCCAGUGCCAGAAAUGUUUAACUGAAAAAUGCUAAUACAAUUUCUUAUUAAGACUAUUAAGCUCUUUGAGACAGGAACCUAGACUUCAACUUUUUUUUGGUAUUAACUAUAACAAUCCCAGUGUUGAACAUGUGUCUGGAGCUUAGUAGAUACUCUGAUUUAUUGUAUCUGCUAUUAUGAAGGACAGAGUGGUUGUAGCUAAGUGAUAGAAUUCUGACUGCAAUAUCUGGUCUUUGAUGAAAGUAAAACUAAAAUGGCACAUUGAUACACUGCAAAACCAAGAAAACAAAGAAAUUAUUGAUCACACUUGCAUGUUUUCAGAAUAAAUUGUUAGAAAAAUCAGGUGUCUUGGUAACUAUGUAUGUAUCUAUCAACUUGAUCAUUCUUUAAAUGAUACCAAGAAUAUCAACCCUUAACUUCCCUUCUAAGUGUCUUGUAAUAGUUAUGUGUGAUCCAAGUGCGCACACAGCACUAGACUAGUGGAACGGAUGCUUCUCUAAAGCCAAGGGCGGCCUUAAUUAGGGUGGGGAAAGAGGGUUAAGAGUCAGCAGAGGAAUAGUGGAGACGAAGGGUAAAUCAUAGGGGCCUAAUUUGACUCUAGAAAUAUGCACAGCUUCUUGUUGUGGUUUAAUGGAUGUAACUUAAAAGUGUUUUUUUUUUUUUACUAUAGUUGUUUUACGAUGUUGUUAGUUUCUGCUGUAUAGCAAAGUCUAUCAGCUAUACGUAUACAUAAAUCCACUC